GUUGCUGAUGGCUGGUCGAGGGGAAAAGAGCCAUUGAUUUGAUUUGAGUCUUUGAACUCAUUCUAUUUGUCAUCAGUCUGACGUAUCGUUUGUUGACGGUCUAGAAAUAUCAACGAGUUUAUCACGACUCUCGCCAGACAUUUGCGUCAAUCGGUUUUUCCGUUUUCAUUGCUAUCGCUGUGGCUUAAUCAACUAUCGUUAAUGGACUGGAUUUAGUCUGAGGAGCGGUACGAGAGAGUGAGGGGCUCUUUGUAAUCGUUUACAAAGUGACAAUGUAAAUGUGAAGUAGAUGCCAAUAGAGGAGUGCAACUGAACUGUGAUUAAUCGGUUAGAUUGUGAUACUUUAGGAGAAAGAGAAUUAAUUAAAUCCAAGAUGAUCUUCAACGACACACUACUCGUGCUGACAUACACAGCCGGAAUGAUGGCGUCUCUUUCUAAUGACAGUAAACCCCAGAGUUCCGAGGUGGAGGUCAAACUUCAUAAUGCCACGACCUUGUCUUCUGAAGAAGCGGCUAACAGUUUCGAAUUGGGAGAUGAAUGGUAUAUGUGGCGAUGUUAUCGUCCGUACGGUUGCUUCUACAUCGGGCCACCUUGGUCAGGUGAGAAUCGUCCAGUCUUCAGCUUUCCAGGACGUCCAGACAGUGUCGAUCCCCAUUACCUUCUGUACAACCGAAGAAGUCCUUCACCCCAUGAAUUACUGAUUGAUGACUUCGAUUCGAUCAGAACAUCACCGCUCAAUAAUACCUUGAAAACAUAUUUCAUCAUCCAUGGGUAUCUAGAUAAUGGAGACAAGUCCUGGAUUUUGAGAGCGAAACUGGAGUUACUGCUACGGGAAGAUUGCAACGUGAUAGUGGUGAAUUGGAUUGGUGGUGCUGGGCCACCCUAUCCCCAGGCAGUGGCAAACACCCGUUUGGUAGGUGCAAUGACAGCAAGACUGGCAUCCCAGCUGAUCGAAGUGGGUGGAGUACCGCCUCGACGUAUUCACGCGAUUGGCCACAGCCUUGGAGCCCAUACUUGUGGAUAUCUAGGAUAUCACCUGCGAUCGCGGUACGGUUAUCGCCUCGGCAGGAUCACAGGUCUAGAUCCAGCGGAGCCACAUUUCAGUCAUACGUCGCCGAUGGUGAGGCUUGAUCCAACUGAUGCAGAUUUCGUGACGGCGAUACACACGGAUUCCAGCCCCUUCAUGACUGGGGGAUUGGGAAUAGGCCAGCCCGUUGGUCAUAUUGAUUUUUACCCUAACGGGGGGAAAAAUCAGCCGGGCUGCAAUCACGGGGUGCUCAAUUCCAUCACCAUUGAGAAGGGGAGCUUCGUUAAAGGAAUCAAGAGGUUUUUGAGCUGCAAUCACAUCCGCAGUUAUGAUUACUUCAUCGAGAGCAUCAAUACCGCGUGUCCGUUCUUAGCGGUGCCAUGUUCUUCCUGGAGGAAUUUCCAGGAUGGUAACUGCUUCGACUGCGUUAAUCAGUACUGUCCCAGAUUUGGAUUUGAUGCACAGCCUGGAAAUUAUCAUGCAUCAGUGUAUUUGAUGACAGCAUCAGAGAAGCCUUUCUGUCGGGGCCAUUAUAAAGUUGCAAUAAAUAUAUCAAAGACUGAUGAGAGUGUGGAUCACGGUGGGGACGUUGGAAUUUUCGUUAUCAGAGUCAUUGGGGUGGGAGGAAAGAAGUCAGAGAGGAUUCCACUGAGUGAAACAUCAAAGUACUAUGAGCCAGGAUCAUCACAUACGCUGGUACUCCCUGGGGAUCUAGUGGGGAAGCCAGAAGCUGUUGAAAUCACCUGGGAGUACCAGACAUCUGUCUUCAAUCCUUUGACCUGGAGAUUACUCGAAAAACCAAAGGCUUACAUCGAUUCUUUAAAGAUUGACAGCCUUGAGUUUGCAUCUGGCAUCACGGUGUGUCCUGACGAAACAAAAGAAUUGAUGGCAAACGAGCCGAGAAUACUGACUGCCGACAAUUGUCGUCACACCGACGUGAAUGUUGUCUCAACGUGAACGAAUAAAAAUGGUAUUAAUAAUUAAAAGAUAAUUGGAGUCGUGACAAUGAGAGAAAAACAUCGCCAAGACGAAAUUUCUUUCCGGAGAAAUGGAACGGAGAGAUCUCCUUUACCGAUUCGACUGUUAAAUUCAUACAAAAUGAUAGCCAUCAUCAAAAUGGGCGGGGGAUCAGCGAUCGAUAUACGAUGUUUCGAUCGAUCGCAGAUGGCGCUGUGUCAUCCAUAAAUCGACGAAAAGUGUAAAUUGUUAUGUGAGCGCAGCGUAAUUGCGAGAUUGAGUGAUCGAAUGAGAGAGGUAUGACUGGGUAAUUUUGCGCAGGCAAUUUGUUGCGUCACAAAUAUGCUAAAUAUAUCCUAGGUUUUAAUCGCGGAAGUGUCGAAUAAUUUUUUCCACAAUUGCACGAUUAAACAAUGAAAAUCUAGGCAAUUAGUUUCGACCGAUGAAGAAAACCAUGGGAAAUUGAAUAAAAGAAAUCAUCCAAACGAAA